AUGUCCGGACUUGAAGCUUGGGAGGCAAGACGUAAGCAGUGGACAACACCAAACCCUGAUGUCAAUGUUGAAAAAUAUGUACAAGAGUUGGAUAAUAAGCAAUAUCAGGAUUUAGAAGAUCCCAAGAAACGAUUGGGAAUAUACAAGCAGUUGAUCCAACAACAUCAAACAUUCACUCAUCCUGUUCCAUUACGAUUUAUUAUUCCUAUUCUUGUCACUGGAUGGCAAGAAGACGGGACAUGGCCAAAGGGAAUGAUUGUAAAAGAGACAAGCGAUUAA